AUGAAAAACUUCUGUGAUGAGAGCGAUUUGCUAGAUUUGCUAUGUAUCUGCCACUAUAGGACAUGCAAAUUAAUGAAAAGUUUGAAUUCAAUCUAUGCCAUUCAGAUGCUAAUCUUCGUGAUAAUUGCCUUCAUGAACUCAAUGUCUCAGCUAUUCUACCUCUAUGUGGCCAUUAGGGAGAGCUAUCGAAAUGAGAUCAAAGCCAAUUGGAGUAUCUACAUCUACAGCCUCCUCUAUGCCUACUUCCAGUACAUGGAUCUCUUCUUUCAUGCAAAAUCCGCAAAGUCGGCGAUGAAGGAGAGCCGGAGAACAGGAAGGCUGCUACAUAAAUUCCCAACAGUUCACGUGGAUGGACGCCUCAAGAAAUCCGUGGACAUUUUCUCCAUUCAGGUUGUCCAGAAUAAAUUGGAUAUUACGAUUUGUGGCAUGUUCCCGCUGGACUACACCCUGAUUGCCUCAAGUCUCAGCUCCAUUUUGAGUUUCCUCGUCAUUAUGAUCCAAUUCGACUUGGCAGUGUGA